AUGAUGAAUAGACUACUGUUGGGGUCAACAAGAUUGGCCUUCAGAAAAAACACCCUGUCAUCAGCCACAAAAUUUGCUAAAUCGUCAAACAUCAUUCUCAAUUCACGUUUUUAUUCCACUUCCAAUUCCGAAAAACAACAAGAUCCAAAGUCAACACCACCACCAAGAAGUAGUAAUAGAGGUAAAAUUGCCAUCUUAUUAGCCUUAUUAGCUGCUGGUUCCACAAUUGCAUCAAUAUCAAUCCAAAAAUCUGGUCCAAAAGAGCUAGUUGAACCAGAAAAGCAAAAAGCAUUCAAAAAUGGUGACGUUUCAGUAAUCUUUGUCUUGGGUGGUCCAGGUGCAGGUAAAGGUACUCAAUGUGCAAAUUUAGUUAAAGAUUAUGGGUUCGUUCAUCUUUCAGCUGGUGAUUUACUAAGAGCCGAACAAAAAAGACCAGGUUCUGAAUUCGGUGAAUUAAUUGCUCAACAUAUCCGUGAUGGUAUCAUUGUGCCUCAAGAAGUUACUAUUGCACUUUUGAGAAAUGCAAUGAAGGAAGAAUUUUCUAAAGGUAAUACUAGAUUCUUAGUUGAUGGUUUCCCACGUAAAAUGGAUCAAGCUAUUACUUUUGAAGACGAAGUUGCAACUAGUUCAUUCACUUUAUUCUUUGAAUGUCCAGAAGAAGUUAUGUUAAAACGUUUAUUAGAAAGGGGUAAAACUAGUGGUCGUACUGAUGAUAACAUUGAAAGUAUAAAGAAAAGAUUCAGAACUUUUGUGGAAACAAGUUAUCCUGUUGUGGAAUAUUUUGAAAAACAAGAUAAAGUUGUCAAAGUUUCCUGUGACCAUCCAGUUGAAGCUGUUUACGCUGAAGUUAAGAAAGCCAUUAAAGAUAAAAUCAACAUUGAUGUUAAAUGA